AUGAAGACCGACGUGUUCGUGUGUGCCGCUCUGUUCGCAGCAGCAGUAGCCCAAGGCCAAAAAAUGCCCGAGGGUACAGCACAGCAGGACGAUGUUUCCAGUUCAACUCCGAAACCGACACGGUGGGCAGAGGUGACAAUAGGUUGCGACCAAGUGAAGCCGUUUGCUCAGCGGAAGGCCGAGACAGUCUCCGAUAAAGCGUCCGUCAAGUUCAAACCACAGUUCAGCACUGAUAACGGAUGCCAACCGUAUCCCGCUGUGAAUGAAGCGGGCGAGACCAGCGGCGGUUUGGUGCUGAGACCUACAAUUGACGGCGGUUUGGAGCUGGCUGGAUCUGGUGGUGAGGGAUGCCAGGGAUCUCCCUAUGGGUCUCAAAUUUACGCGCGUUCAACUUGGUACGAGGGCAUAUGGGCCAUCCUGUAUACAUGGUAUCUACUGAAAGACGAGACAGAACUUUCACACCAGGUUCGUGUUUGGGUGCACCUUGUCGUUUGGGUAAACAACCCUGCCGUAACAAACUCAACGAUUCGAGCGGUGACAAUGCAGGGUGGAACCACCAAAGUGCCAUCUGGCGAUGAACUGAAGGACGGGGUGGGCGUCAAAGUCAAGCAUGUGUGGGACGAAAAAAACCUUGGCCGCAUGCCUCAAUUCACUACUGAAGACGGCAAAGAGCAGGAUCUGAUCACGUGGGACCAGUUGUCGGAAAAUGCCCGUUCUGCAUUAAACGAGGUCCUCUGGGGCGAGUUACCUCCCUGGGCGCCUUCGUCGAAGAUGCCCCUCAGCGACGACGAGUUUGAGUCGCACUUGAAACAGUCUUGGCCUUUCAGGAAAAAGAACUGA